AUGUCGGUCGGGGUAGUAUGCAAAUUAAAUUCUCCACCACCUCAGUCUCAUAUUAAUACUCGGCUCGCCUCUGAUCAACAGGGCUCCCACGUGACGCGCUGGCCCGGCUGCUACAUCCUGCAGUGGCGCUUCCACAGCUCCCCGGCCUGCUCCGCCUCCAGCCUGCCGCGAGUGGACGACGUGCUGGCCUCGCUGCAGGUCUCCUCCCACAAGUGUAAGAUCAUGUACUACACCGAGGUGCUGGCAUCCCAUGACUUCAGGGGAUCCAUGACCAGUCUGCAAUCCAGUCAUAGUGGUUUCUCUCAGCUCAGCGCUGCCACCAUCUCCUCUAGCCAAUCACACGCCAGCUCCACCGUCUCCAGGUAGCAUCUGCCCGCCAGCUGCCAGCGACAGCAGGGACCUUAACCUAGUGACAUCUUACUCAAACUGUGCCUUAUGCCUCCAGAGAGAGGCAGCCUUACACUCACUAAUGACAACUUGAUCUAACAACUGAGGGUGAGGAGAGUAUUAGGUCAAAUGUUUAUGAAUAAAUAAAUGGUUUUUUUGGUUUUUUAAGAUGGGUCAAUACAGUAUUAUUGAUAGGGGAUCAUGUAUUUAUAAGUUUCCAGCCCAUAUGAUGACUAAGUUGUUUGAAUAAUAGUGUACAUUAUAAUAGAAAUUAGAUUUUUACAUACAAUUAAAUUAGGUUUCUGUACAAUGCACACAACGCCUGUCCCUGAAGUUGCUUUUAUUGCCCACAAGAUGUCAGAGUCCUCUGCUCUGAAAUCUGCAGUGUACUCUCCACAUGCAUUUCCCCUCACACUUUGUCUCUCCUUCUAAGAAAUUGUAAGAAGUGUUGUUUAAAUAAAGAAUUUAUCACAAGCAUUAA